GAUGCUAGUGAGACCUCAAGAAGAAGAAGAAGAAGAAAGCAAUAUUCUUCCAAUCAUGAGUGAUCAUCAAUAUCUACGAAAAACGGUAUCGGACGUGACAAAUGAAAUAAACAAAAUAGGCAAAGAAUUGGAAACCAUUGCUGAAAUGGAAGAAACAAUAAUCUUGCAAGCGGAAUGCGAGUGUUGUGGCCUCAAAGAAGACUACACAAAGGAAUACAUAACUCGGAUCCGGACCUCGUUUUCGGGAAAAUGGGUUUGCGGGCUUUGCACAGAAGCGGUGAAGGAGAGAUUACAGCGUUGCCCCAUAGCUAUGGAAGAUGCCAUAAAGUUUGUGCAAGAUUUCAAUACUACAACUAGGGUUAAUCCCAAGUUGUCAAUGGCAUGGAUGAUGAGAGAUAUUGCCAAGCGAAAUUGCUCCAAGAGAAACAAUUUAUCAGGUGGGAAAAAAAUUAUCAGGACAUCUAGCUGUGCUGGAAGGAUUGAUUAUAACUCGAACCAAGAGCAUUAGAUUUUAGAAAUGGACUUGUAAUGUUUAUGAUAUAUGUAUGGUUGUUCUGGAAUACAUCAAAUAAGUAUAUUAUUGGAUA